AUGACUACCUCCUUAGCAUGCACUGCUGUUCAGCAGUCAAAUGGUCAAACUAAUGAGAACGGAAAUGCACAUAAAUACAAAGCAACGCCAAAUCUGACGGCUGCACUUCGAAAGGCCGAGAAUGACUUCCGAUCAGACGUUGUUACUGUGCCUACGGAGGAGAUGAUGCAGGCUAUCCUUGAUGCAACAUUUGACGAUGACAUAUAUGAUGCAGAUGUUGGAGAGCCAUCUGUUGUUGCCUUGGAGCAAAGGCUCGUCGAGUUAACUGGGAUGGAGGCUGGAUUAUGGGCCCUGUCUGGUACCAUGGGGAACCAGAUAUGCGUGCGCACCCACUUGACUCAACCUCCUCAUACCGUGUUGUUAGAUCACCGGGCACAUAUCCACCGGGCGGAAUCUGGUGCCUUGCCCGCUCUAUCACAGGCCUCAGUUACGGCUGUUCAUCCUGCGAAUGGCGUUCAUUUGACAUUGGAAGAUGUCAAGAAGAAUAUGACGCCUGAUGGCAAUUGGCAUUACCCACCAACCCGUGUCGUGGCCCUUGAAAAUACAUUGAGUGGAACCAUCCUUCCCCUGAAGGAUGCUAAGGAGAUAUCUAAUUUUGUUCGCAAUUAUCCUGUCCCAGAGGGCCAAAAGCCCAUCGCCAUGCAUUGUGAUGCGGCGAGGCUGUUUGAUGGAGUUUCUGGAGAAGGGGUUGAUUUGAAAGAAUACUGCGCCUGUUUUGACUCCAUCAGUGUGUGUCUUGCAAAAGGACUCGGUGCUCCAAUGGGUAGUAUAAUAUUAGGAUCACGACCCUUCAUCGAACGAGCCAAGUAUUUCAGGAAGAUGUUUGGAGGUGGUACAAGACAGCCUGGUAUGAUGGCUGCCAGCGCCCUUGCGGCUUUUAACAAUUCAUUCCCUCAGUUCCCUCGUGUUCAUGCCAUGACCAAAGCUGCUGCCGCAAAACUAGAGGCAGAUAAGAAGGCUGGUAAGGUUUUAGAUGAUGCUGAUGGGAGGAAGUUGAACGGGGGAUGUUAA